GAUUUGACGUUUUAUUUUCUCAUCGUAAACAAAGUCGAACGAAACUUGGUUGGAAUCUCCUCAGGUUUGGAUAUUCUAAAGUCCCAAAUUCUCGUGACGAAAAUUUAAACCGUUCUUUCGAUAAAAAUAUGUUGAAAUGUCUGCUCUUAGUAAUAUAUUACAUAAGUUUGACCGUGAUUAUUGCAGUUGCGGAAAAAGACGAAUGGAAAGGAGAAUGGUUUCCCAGUGUUCCGGAAUCGAAGGCAAUCCCACAAGACGAGCACGGACGGAUCCUGAUGGGCGUAGAUAAUCCGGAUUGUGACGAUGCCCAUAAGAAUCUGACGAUUGAUUUCGAUCCGUACGACGUUCGCCAUUCCACUGUGUUCAUGUGUUUGGAUAACAGGCAUGACUAUAGCGGCGAUUACAAUAUGGAACCGCUGAUAACCUUGUACGACAUUCCGGAUGCGUACGUAGCUAUUCACAAGUGUAUGAACACCAGUAUUGACUAUGAAGAACGGAUUCCAACUUUUGGUACACAUCGCCCGCUUUGGCCAAGGUACGGAGAAUAUGAAUACGUCCCUACGCAACGCUGGCUUCAUAACGCGGAGCAUGGUGCCGUCGUCGCUCUCUACCAUCCAUGCGCAAACAAGGAUCAAGUUGAGCAACUGAAAAACAUCGUCAAGAGAUGCCUUUAUAGACACAUAAUCACUCCGUCGAUACUGCCAUCCAAGGAUCGUCCGUUCGCGCUUGUAGCGUGGGGAGCAUUACUGGAGUUCUCGGUUCUACAACAAGAAGUUGUGGAAGAUUUCAUUCGAGAGCAUGCCUUGAGGGGUCCGGAACAAACGUCUCGGGAUGGGCAAUAUGACCACUUGCUGCUGGUACCAGCAACGGUUGUUUCCACAAUUGAUGAUGAACAACUCUGUCCGAAGCAGCACAGAAGGAGGGAUUGAGGCAAAUACGCUAGGCAGGUAAGCUCUAUUGGCGUUAUGCGAUUUAAUACACCCAUACUUUGCCAUUCAAUGUAAACAGUGAUACCCUAGAAUCUUUUGAAGAGCAUUUUAUAAUGUAGUAUAGUUACAAGCAACGGAAAUAGCCCCGGAGACGGUUUAUAGAUAGCUGAUUUUUAUGGAAAAGUUAUGCCCCACCAUGGACUUUACAAUUCCAGUACUAAUAUCUGUAUACAAAUUUUUGAUAUAAAUAUAUGAAUAUGCUUUUA